CAAAAAAGCGAGAUUAAUUGUAUUGUAUUGUAUUGCUAUCUAUGUUCGUCUACUGGUAGCGACGACUAUAAUGAAAAUCAAAUUUCCUGAAAAAUAUAUUGGACCGAGGAAGUACUAUCUGUAUCUUCUCUAUAUAUUAUAUUAAUUUUCCAGGGCCCCACGCAGACGCAUAGUGUUUCGAUAUCGAAUAUGUACCAAGUAGGAUGGUCUACCCUUCCCCGUCGUCGUGUGCUCAUGCACCAAGAAGCGCAACAUUAUUAGUUACGCAUCACGAUCACCAACUCCAACUCCGUUCAAAUCAACGAAGCCUUGAAUUUACGUAGACUGUCUUGAUUUUUACAAGGUAUACUGAUUUAUCGCAAGAACAUCAUAUGUAGAUGUUGUAGUUGUAUUCAUCUGAAUUUGAAGUGUUGAAAGAUUUGUUUUCUUCAAAUUGAAAUUGUUUUCUUCUCGUGAAGUGCAGCCUCUACUCUUCUACCUAUAAUAUCUGAAUUAGAUGACUUUUAUUCCACGAAAUCAAAGAUAAAGAAAAAGAUGAGGCUGAUGUUCUGGCGUGUUGGGAAACACAGAGCGGAGGCAACCUCCACUAGUGCACCUCCCGUGGUGGACGCGCCAGUAUCUGCUGAGACGAAAACAGAUGUACCGGAGAAUGAUGCAACAAACAAAUCCGACAAGCUGCCCGAUGUUGAAGAGGCUGGAGGUCGCGGGGUGCAGAUAAUUCCUGAUGCUGAAGCACCUGUCGAGGACAAAACAAAGACUGGCGCAGAAGAUGUUGGCGCAGCAGGUGAGGUGAAAAUGGACGCAAAACCAAAAAAGGCAGAGGAUUCUAAAGAAAACAAGAAGAAAAGUGGAGGUUUGUUUGCUUGUUGUUGUGGAGGAAAGACAUCUGCUGCUGCAGAGGAACCUGCGCAAGAAAAUGCUGCCAAAACAAAUGAUGCGGCGCCUCAAGAAGCUGAAGGUGAGGUAGCCCCUCCUGAUGCGAUUGAGACUGUCGUGAUUGAAGAGGAUGGCGCAACAGAGGCCUUAACCAACGUUACGGACCCGGGGAAAGGAGAUAGCAAGAACACGUUUACGGAACCUAUCCCAGUUUUGGUCGAGGCACCAGUUGAUGCGGGAACAAUCGAUAAAUUCGCUGAAAAAAUUGAGAGUUUGCUAGCUAGAUCACGAUGUCGUACGGGAUUCGAACAGCUUGCCGAUAACGCGACAGUAAAAGCAGAAGCCGAGGCCCUCGCUGCUCAGGAAGCCGAAGAACGCUAUAAACAGGGCUUAGUCGACAACGAAGAAGACAAGGCGACUGACUUGGAUCUUGAUGGUGAUGCAACGCAACAACCUCCGCUUGCCCGUCCAAAGAAAAGCUCGUCUGUUUCGAGUUCUUCGUCGUCGUGUUCUAGGGAUGAAGAUGGCAAGCGCGCUCGUGACUGGGGUCGGCGCUACGGCAGCAAAGCCGAGGCCGUCGCCGAUGCGAUUUUCCUGCUGCAUGACGACGACCUGAAGCGCAUUUUCAAAUCAGAGGAAGCACCGGAUGAGGAUGCGCUGAAAGCGUACAAGAAGCAUAUGCGCAAAACGGAUCAGACGGUGGAAGGUCGUGGAAGCCUGCGUAAGAAGGGCCCGCGAGGCAUGGCGCGCCGACACGUGAAUCCGUUCUGGGUCAAAGGUAUGCCAGUGAUUGCCGAAGCCCCGCCAGCAGCUACUAAAUCUUUGGACGCGUCAUCGAGCAGCAGCUCCAGUUCAUCCUCGUCGAGCUCAUCAUCGUCAGCAAAUAUAAAUAGGUCAAAGUCGUCUUCGACUAAAAUAGAUGGCGCUACUUCCCCUUCCACUUCAUCCAAGUCUCCGAAGUAUAGAAAUAAAGUUGGACCAAAUACAGAUACUGACGCAGCAGAUCCGCGGAAGGUGGACCUAAAUCUAGUUGGCUCGAACUAUGUGCUUCAAGCCGACAAGACGAACGAGGAUGGUGCCAACAAGAGUGAUAACAGUAGUAGCGGCUCGUCUUCCUCAGACGAGGAAAAUCAUGUGGCUGGUCCUGGUGGUAGUGACCUUGACCAGCAGGUUGACGGUAAGUAUGCGUUCCAUCAAGCGUACACGCAGUUUUUGAACGCGCGCGCUGCCAGCGUCGAACCUCAGCGAGAAGAGAAGCACGUAAUGAAGAUGCAAGCAUAUCCCAACGCUGGUGGCUCAGGAAACUCCUCUCCACCUUCUGUCGUAGGCAGAAAUUCCCGCACUCUGGGUAAAAAAUCAGGGUCUUCUUCUGCGUCCACAGCGUCGUCCAUGGCCUUCAAGGGAGACGCAAAAAAAAGGGGUGGAAGUGGGGCCAGCGUAGUCACGUCGACAACUGGUGCGUCGUCUUCGACGCGGUCGUCGGAUUCAUCAUCGAAGAAGAAACAAAAGUACGCUGAGGCAUCGCAUCGGACCGAAGCGCCUGCGCCUCGGGUUUCGUCCCGAGACGCAUUGAAAAGUGAUCAUGGCCUCCAAAAUCCAGCCUUGGUCAACAGUGGAAAUUUUUACUCUAGUGGUAAAAAGAAAUCGUCAAGAAGAUGGCGUGGCUCCUCGUCACUGAAAAAACCUAGAGGUGAAGGAGAGUUGAUGUCAUCAGCUGAUUACUUUUAUGAGAAUAAUUUGUCGCGUGCGUCAUCAAAUUCAAAAACAAGUGUAAAAUUAGUAGAGUUCAACACCAGUACUUCUAGCAGUAGCGAAAGCGAUGUGGAGCAAGCAGGGACGAGCGAGUAUGUUGAAGGGGCACGUCGAGGACAUGCACAUGGACAACAGGUAGAACAACGCCAUCUUCUAUCACGCUCUACUAGUACUAGCACUCGUCGCGAUACAACUCCUACGCGAGGAACUAGAACGACUUCUCGACGAUUUGUCUUGAAAAAUACGCAGCAAGGUGUCGAUGGAAGCCCAAGCCGAGGAGAAAAACCUAGCCAGAUGUCCCUAUCGUCCUCUUCCCUCAUGAAAAGAAAUUACACAUCAUCAAGCAUUCUCACACCCGUCCACACCCUGCCGCCCGGGCACAUUUUCCGGGAGUGGUCGAUGCUAUCAAACAUGCUCAUGCGAUCGUGCGUUCUUGCAAAUAAAGAAACUACAACAUCAGGAAACGACGCAUCAUCGAAGACCGAUGGAGGUGCUUCUUCAGCUACGCCGGCACCGAGCCGCAAGAAUAGCAGUAGAAAAUAUUCGAUAAAUAUACAGCAGCCUGCUUCAGAUUUUUCUUCCCUCAUCACUUUCUCGCCUGUCGAAGUAAAAUUACAGUUUCAGGCGUUGCCCCCACCGGAUUUGAAAUCAACAGCGAAUGCAGUAGAUCAGGAGCAUACCUUUUUUCUAUUUGGGCCUUCAGCGAUUCAGGAGAAGGACCAAGGGGUAGCACACCAGCUGGGAAUAGAAGCAGGGCAACAAGAACAGAAAAGACGCCCAUCCACAAGAUCAUCUCUGCUUUUCGGACGGCCUCGUGCCGAAGGAAGCUGCAAUUUCGACGAAGGAACGGAUGGCGGGCAGGAUUUAGAACUACGUUGUCUUCACACAUCUUCAAUGGUCGCACAUCAGCUGGCAAAUGAUCAUGGAGACGACAGCGAUGCGGCUUCGUCAAUACGAAAAAACAGCGUCCAACUCAUGUUCGAGGACGGUGACAGCGAAGUCGCGCUCAAUGCCUGGUGGGGACCAAGACUAGAGCUUAGCAAUCAAAGAACGCGAGUUUCGCGACUUGGGGAGGCCUUGCGUCGCCGCCUCACCGAUCAUUCCUAGAUACUUAGUCAUAAAUUAUUUGAUGCCGAGCCCGGUCCCGGGGCGGAUUCCAUUUACGUAAUUGUUGUAUUAAGCUUGACUAAAUAAAAUUAACGAGCAGGAGAUGCCGUUGCCGAUCCCAAUAAGAACGACGCUCUUGCUCGAUUUCUUCUUCAAGACUCGCGUGGGUGAAGUAUCCCUGGUUAGUGCAAGACAAAAGGAGCAAGUAGCGUAUCUUAAUCUUUUUGAAUUUUCCGUUCUUGCAACAAGAAGAACUAGAUGAAGGAUCUUGAUCAAAAAUAAUAUGGCCAUGCACGUAAAAAGCUUAGAAUUACUUUGUGCAAAACUCUUUUGUUCGAGAAAAAGCGCGCAGUUUACGAGUUAUUAGGUGUGGCUACGAAAGUGCUUUUCGAGCUCUUAAUAUUCAUCAUAAAGUCCCUUCGAAAUUUCUGCAGUGAAAUCAUGAAACUGCUUGUUGGUGGAAU